AUGGGUCCAAAGACAUUUAAUUUGUUGCGUGACCUGCUGCAGCCCACCAAACCGGGUACCAAAACCUAUGCAGAAACAGUGGAUGUUCUGACCCAGCAUUUUUCACCCAAACCAUUAAUGCUCGCAGAAAGGUUUGGAUUCCACAGACGCAAUCAAGAAGAGGGGGAAUCUGUUACCAUGUUUGUUGCAGCGCUGAGGAAAUUAGCUGAACAUUGUGAAUUUGGACAAGGUUUAAAUGACGCAUUAAGAGACAGAUUGGUCCUCGGACUGAGAAAUGAAGCCGCUCAGAAGAAACUGCUGACCGAAAGUAACCCAACGUUGCAGAAAGUCAUUGAAAUCAGUGUCGCCAUGGAAAUGGCCUCAAAAGAGGCUCACCAAAUGAACGCUACAGGCGGAGUGCAUACAGUUCAAACGGAUAGACCUAGUGGACAAGGGACAUGUUUCCGUUGUGGAAAAUCAGGACACCUAGCCACGUCAUGCUGGUGUAAGGAUAUGGACUGUCGCAGUUGUGGAAAAAGAGGCCAUAUCGAGCGGGCCUGCUUAAGAAAAAAGAACAAGGAGAAAACAUCAAAGUCUGCCAACAUACAUGACUCUGUGAAGAACAGGAGAAAAACACAGGUGCACACUGUGAGACAAAGGGAGACUGUGUCCAGCGAUUCUUCGGAAGGAGAACAGGAGAUGAGUGUACACACACUGAAUAUAAUGAAGAUGGAUGAAGAUUCUGAGGGUUACUGGGUGGAGCCCAUGCUGGAGGGGCACCCAGUGAGUAUGCAAAUAGACACUGGUUCAAAAGCAUCCAUCAUCUCAGAUGGGGUUUACAAAAAAGUUUUGAGACACCUUCCGCUGCGACAGUCUGAUACUAGGUUCAAAACCUAUCUAGGGGAACCUGUACCCAUGGCAGGAAUGACUGAUGUCGUGGUCCAGAGUAACAAUCAGGUGAGGAAGCUUCCCAUCUAUGUUGUUAAAGGUGAUUACCCGGCUAUUCUGGGACGUGUGUGGCUAGAGAAAAUGAAGCUAAGCUGGCACACUGUAAACAUGGUAUCACCAAUGGCUACUAGUCUAGCUGCUAUAUUGAGGAAACAUGAUGAGGUUUUCCGGAAGGAGUUGGGCAGUAUGAAGGACAUUACUGUCAAGCUAAACAUUAAACCGGAAACAACACCAAAGUUUAUGAAGGCCAGGUCGGUACCACAUGCUAUCCGAUCGAAAGUGGGGGAUGAGUUGGACGCCUUAGUUAAAAGCGGUGUUUUGGAACCGGUGACUGUCAAACAGUAUCCUCUUCCCCGCAUUGACGUUUUGUUUGCUGGGCUGAGUAAGGGGCAAAAGUUUAGCAAAAUAGACCUUAACCAAGCCUACUUACAAAUGCACGUGCAUGAGGAUUCUAAAGACUUGCUCACCAUAACUACACAAAAGGGGCUUUUCAGAUAUUGUCGACUCCCUUUCGGGAUCACAUCAGCCCCUGCACUUUUCCAACGUGCCAUGGAUCAGAUCCUACAUGGCCUCCCUGGUGUACAGUGCUAUUUGGAUGAUAUUCUGUGCACAGGAAGUACGGACCAAGAACAUCUGGACAAUUUGGAUGCUGCUCUUCAAAGGCUGAAAGAGUAUGGGCUCAGGGUUCGCAAAGACAAGUGCGAAUUUUUUCAACUCUCUGUUGUAUAUUUGGGACAUGUAAUUGAUGCCCGAGGGUUGCAUACUGCGCCGUCAAAGGUUCGGGCGAUAGUGGAUGCCCCGCCGCCAGAGAAUGUUAGCCAAUUACGUUCAUUCUUGGGCUUACUGAAUUAUUAUGGCCGUUUUAUACCGAAUUUGUCAUCCAGACUCAAGCCUCUGCAUGACUUACUUUGUCAAGGAAAGAAGUGGAAUUGGAGUGGUGCCUGUCAAGAGGUUUUUCAGAAAACAAAGGAGACAUUAGUGACGUCAGGGGUACUGACCCAUUUCGAUCCAUCACUCCCCAUUCAGUUGGCCUGCGAUGCAUCCCCGUAUGGAGUGGGGGCGGUCAUUUCACAUUUAAUGCCAAACGGGGUAGAGAGGCCUAUAGCAUUUGCAUCACGGACCUUGAACAAAGCAGAGACUAACUAUGCUCAGAUAGAGCGGGAGGCGUUGAGCAUAGUCUAUGGGGUUCGCAAGUUCCAUCAGUACCUGUAUGGGAGACAAUUUACAUUGCUGACAGAUCACCGACCCCUGACGACCAUCCUGGGGUCGCACACUGGGUUACCCUCACUUGCCGCGAGUCGCAUGCAGCGGUGGGCGUUGCUCUUGUCAGCACACUCGUAUGACAUCAAGUAUCGCAAGGCUGACCUGCACGGCAACGCCGAUGCCCUGUCCAGGUUGCCUCUUCCUAUUACCAGGCCUGAGCCGCGGGCAGCAGAAAUCUUUUACUUCAGUCAAGUGGAUGGUGCGCCAGUUUCUGCUGCUCAUGUGAGGAGGGCCUCUCGCACUGACCCUGUCCUGUCUGCGGUGAUGGACAUGGUGAUGGGGAGUAGAUCAGGUAGCGAUGCCCCCAGUAUUCAACCUUAUCUCUCCAGGAGAGCAGAACUGUCGGUGCAAUCUGGUUGCUUACUGUGGGGGAGGAGGGUGAUUAUCCCGCCAUCAUUGCGUAAAUCAGUUCUGCAACAGCUCCAUGCAGGUCACAGUGGAAUAGUUCGAAUGAAGGAGAUAGCAAGGAGUUACUUCUGGUGGCCAGGAGUGGACAGAGAGAUAGAGACUACCGCCAAAACCUGUUCCUCAUGCCAAGAAGUUAGGAAGGCACCCCAACUAGCUCCUCUACAUCCCUGGGAGUUUCCCGAAGAACCAUGGCAACGGGUGCACAUUGAUUUUGCAGGACCUGUAGAGGGUUGUAUGCUCCUUGUGUGUGUGGACGCCCACAGUAAGUGGCCGGAAGUGGCCAUAAUGAAAACCACUACCACUGCAAAGACUAUUGAGAGGCUGGGGGAGAUUUUCAGCCGGUUCGGUUCUCCUCUUCAGUUGGUCUCAGAUAACGGGCCACAACUGGUGUCACAAGAAAUGACUACCUUCCUUGAAGCAAAUGGCGUACAACACAUUCGAUCUGCACCAUUUCACCCUGCGACCAACGGUCUUGCUGAAAGGUUUGUGCAGACCAUGAAGAAAGCUUUGAAAACAUCUCAAGAGCAGGGAUCAUUUCACCAGAGAUUGCAUAGAUUCCUGUUGAGCUAUAGGAAUACUCCCCAUGCCACUACUAAAGUUUCCCCCGCUUGUCUUAUGUUCAAAAGAAACCUUCGAACAAACUUUGACUUUUUGAAGCCAACAACGUUGAAGGAUAUUGUUCAGCAUCAACAAGAGAAACAGAUUCAACAAAGAAUGCAGAAGGCUAAAGAAAGAGUCUUCUCUUCGGAUGAGCCAGUGUUAGCAAGGAACUACAGUACUGGCCCCCGAUGGGUCCCUGCAACCAUAGUCAAGCGAUCUGGUCCUGUCUCUUACACCGUUAGUACUGCUGCUAGACUGGUAUGGAAAAGACACGUCGAUCAACUUCUUCAGGCAACAGCAUCGACCCCCAACCAGCCGUCGGUGGAUACUCCGAACGAGUCCGAGUUCAGCGCACCCCAUCUCCUGCUGCCACCACCCCAAAGAACAAUGGAAUAUACUGGUGAGACUUCUGCUUCCGACUCUUCACUACGAGAUCCUGUGAUGGAUGUUCCAACACGCACGGCUGUUCCAGAGUCACCCAGCGGAGACCGUAAGACUGAACAUUCUGUUGAGCCCCGUUAUCCGGUAAGAGAACGUCGUCCUCCAGAACGCCUGAAUUUAUAG